AUGGAGCCGGCGGGCCCUGGGCUGAGCGGGCAGGCCCCAUUGCUGAUGCUGCUGCUGCUGCUGCUUCUGCAGGCGGCGGGGCCGGCGGGCGCCCGGGCCGAGACCCUGCUGGACGCGCCGCGGGCCCGGGGCACGAGCUCCAGUCCGCCCAGCCCCGCCAGCGUGGUGGCUCCGGGCACCACGCCGUUCGAGGAGAGCCGACUGCCGGUGUUCACCCUGGACUACCCCCACGUGCAGAUCCCCUUCGAGAUCACCCUGUGGAUCCUGCUGGCCUCCCUGGCCAAGAUCGGAUUCCAUCUGUAUCACAAGCUUCCCACCAUAGUGCCUGAGAGCUGCCUGCUCAUCAUGGUGGGACUUCUGCUGGGGGGGAUUAUCUUUGGAGUGGAUGAGAAGUCCCCGCCGGCCAUGAAGACUGAUGUGUUUUUCUUGUACCUCCUCCCACCCAUCGUGCUGGAUGCGGGCUAUUUCAUGCCCACCCGCCCGUUCUUUGAGAACAUUGGCACCAUCUUCUGGUACGCUGUGGUUGGCACGCUCUGGAAUUCCAUUGGCAUUGGGGUGUCGCUGUUCGGGAUCUGCCAGAUCGAAGCCUUUGGCCUGAGUGACAUCUCUCUGCUCCAGAGUCUUCUCUUCGGCAGCUUAAUCUCGGCCGUGGACCCUGUGGCCGUGCUUGCCGUCUUUGAGAACAUCCACGUCAACGAGCAACUCUACAUCCUGGUCUUUGGAGAGUCCCUGUUGAAUGAUGCCGUGACAGUGGUCCUGUACAACCUGUUCAAGUCUUUCUGCCAGAUGAAGACCAUCGAGACCGUUGACGUGUUUGCUGGCAUCGCGAACUUCUUCGUUGUGGGGAUUGGUGGGGUGCUGAUCGGCAUCUUCCUGGGCUUUAUAGCGGCGUUUACCACGCGCUUCACACACAACAUCCGUGUGAUCGAGCCACUCUUCGUCUUCCUGUAUAGUUACUUGUCCUACAUCACGGCCGAGAUGUUCCAUCUCUCAGGCAUCAUGGCAAUCACGGCUUGUGCGAUGACCAUGAAUAAGUACGUGGAAGAGAACGUGUCUCAGAAAUCCUACACGACCAUCAAGUAUUUCAUGAAAAUGCUAAGCAGCGUCAGCGAGACCCUGAUCUUCAUCUUCAUGGGCGUGUCCACUGUGGGGAAGAACCACGAGUGGAACUGGGCCUUCGUCUGCUUCACCCUGGCCUUCUGCCUCAUCUGGAGGGCGCUGGGUGUCUUCGUCCUGACUCAGGUCAUUAACUGGUUCCGGACGAUUCCCCUGACCUUCAAGGACCAGUUCAUCAUUGCCUACGGGGGGCUCCGGGGGGCCAUCUGCUUCGCGCUGGUGUUUCUCCUUCCAUCCUCCGUGUUCCCCCGGAAGAAGUUAUUCAUCACGGCAGCAAUCGUGGUCAUAUUCUUCACCGUCUUCAUCCUGGGAAUAACUAUCCGACCACUGGUGGAGUUCCUUGAUGUUAAGAGGUCGAAUAAGAAACAGCAAGCUGUCAGUGAGGAAAUCCAUUGUCGGUUUUUUGAUCACGUGAAGACCGGGAUUGAAGAUGUUUGUGGUCAUUGGGGUCACAACUUUUGGAGAGACAAGUUUAAGAAGUUUGAUGACAAAUACCUGAGGAAGCUUUUGAUUCGGGAGAACCAACCCAAGUCAAGCAUUGUGUCUUUAUACAAAAAGCUUGAAAUAAAACACGCCAUCGAGAUGGCAGAAACUGGGAUGAUAAGCACUGUUCCUUCUUUUGCAUCUUUAAAUGACUGUCGUGAAGAAAAAGUAAGGAAGCUCACACCUGGUGAAAUGGAUGAAAUCCGAGAAAUAUUGUCAAGAAAUCUCUAUCAGAUCCGUCAGCGAACCUUGUCCUACAACCGACACAAUCUGACGGCUGACACGAGUGAGAGGCAGGCCAAGGAGAUCCUGAUCCGCCGGCGGCACAGCCUCCGGGAGAGUGUUCGGAAGGACAGCAGUCUGAACCGGGAGCAUCGGGCUUCCACUUCAACCUCCCGAUAUUUAUCCUUACCCAAAAAUACAAAGCUUCCAGAAAAGCUACAGAAGAAAAAGAAUGUCUCUAAUGCAGGUGGCAACAGCAGCGACUCCGACCUGGAGGCGGGGACCACGGUGCUCAACCUGCAGCCUCGGGCCAGGCGCUUCUUGCCAGAACAGUUCUCAAAGAAAGCCCCCCAGGCCUAUAGGAUGGAGUGGAAGAACGAGGUGGACGUGGAUUCCAGGCAGGACCAACCCCACAGCUCCCCAGCUGCCCACAGUAAAGAGGGGUGCCCCCAGACCCCGGGCACGCUCUGCCAGCCCCUCCUCUCCAAAGGCCACUUUGGCUCCGUGCGGGGUGACCGUGUCCACGAAGGCAUCCGACCCAAGCCGCCCCCCAGGCUGGUCCGAAGGGCCUCGGAACCUGGAAACCAGAAGGGUCGAUUUGGGAGCGAGAAGCCUUAA